AUUUUAAUUAAUUAAAAAUACUGCAAUGAAAAAAUGCCUAACGCGUUAGCCCCAAAUUGUUGAGUUUUCCUCACAAUGUCUGGCAACGCCAAAGUGCAACGCGGGGGUGUGUUAUGUUUUUCAUUUGUUUUUCUUGUGGUGUUUAUAAAUUAAAUCCCAAUUAAAUUCCAUUUUAAUCUCAACUUAAAAGUGAAUACUUGAUUGGGGACUCUUCAAAACAUUCAACAGGGCACAUCCGGUUGCAAAAAUAAACAAACAAAAUGAUGAACGAGACCUGUGGCGUCACGCUUCGGCAGAGCAACGACGCCUCUGCCGCCGAUGAGACUGCGACGUACAAUAGGAUUUUCUCUGGGGCUCUUAGAUCCAAAACAAACGCCGAACCCAGCGGAACUGUGGAAUACACCUCCACGCCGAAGCGCUCGAAUUGUGUUUUGGAGGCCAAGGAAAAGGGGCAAGUGGGCGUAUUGGCGACCUUCGAUCCACGAAUCAAAGAAGUGGCUCUUCUGUUUGCGUUUCUGAUUAUUGGAUACAAGAGUAUCAUCCUAGCCAUGCCGUUCAUCAGCGCCGAUUCCGUGCAGGAGUGGCACCAACAGGUGCAGAGCCAUUGGAACGCUUCCCUGGAAUGGUCAACACGGCACCAGCUGGCCUCCAAGCUGAGUCCAUUUCUGUGUGGCUUCUUAGUGGCCAUUUUUGCCUACGGAAUUGUUUACUUGGACAGCGUGGUUCCGGGAGUGAAUCCACCUUCGCCCUUCACUCCACGCUCCAAGAAGCGGCACCAGGAUGAGAAGAACUCUUCACUGCACUUGAGCUAUUUGUGUGCCCUGCUGUGUGGCGUUCUGGUCACUAUCUUUAUGUACUUCGAUUUAUAUUCUUCGUAGAUGCAGGGCACCACCCACUACCUUCCACGUAGUCCAAUAAGUACAACAGUAUUAGAAUUUAUUAUAUCACUUAAUUGGUAUUUAUGUAUUUGUAACUGAAGUCCUUGUAACUGUGCAAUGCUCCUAGAGAGUUGGAUGAGUCUGAGAAGCUAAUUGGGAAUCAUCGAGGGGCAUUUUCUGGUUUAACUUAGUUCCUAGGUAUCUAAAUUAUAGUUUUAGGCACUAACUUUAUCUAUUAAUCGUAAAGUACAAAGUGAAACAUGUCAAUUGGAGCUUUGGCCAGGAUAUGUGAGAAAUAUAUUUAUAUGUGUGUUGAAAUAUCGCAUCCUGGCCGAAAACUCUUCAGAGAACAUUAUUUGGUAAUAUCUUAUGGAAAAAUAAAUUACUUAUGCACAUGUUUUUGCAUUAAAUUGUAUAAGGUAA